AUGUUUUCUUUUGGCAUAUUGAAAAAAUCGAAUAAAGAGGAGGAAAAUCAGGAUAAAAAUGAAGAAGAAACUAAAGACAUAGAAACUGAAAAAAAUGAUAACAAUGAGGAAGGAUCAUCUAAUGAUCAAGUAAAACCAGAAAAUGAAGAGAAGGCUACUGAUACUAAAGCACCAAAUAAAAGAGUCAGAAAACAUGUUAGACGGGAUAGAAAGAGUGCUAAAGAGGAAGAGAAAAAAGAAAAUGAAGAGCACCAAGAAGAGAAAAUCGAAGUUGAAGAGAAAACAGAAGUUGAGGGAAAAAAAGGAAGGCGAGGAAGAAGAGAAACUGUAAUGAGAAGAGGCAGAAAAGGACAGGAAGUUGACAAUGAAGAAAAGGACGAAGAAACAAAGAAAGACACUGAUAUAAAAAAAGAAGAAAAAACUGAAGUAGCAGAAAAGGACAAGUCAGAAAAUGAUAAAUUAGAAAACGAUUUAACAAAAGAAAUUAAAAUGGCUGAAGAGUUAAAAGAUAAAGAUGCCAAAGCAAGUGCAUUAACGCUUGAAAUAUUAGGGGACAUUCCAAAUGCCAAUUUAAAACCCCCAGAAAAUAUAUUGUUUGUUUGUAAAUUAAAUCCUAUAACUGAAGAAGAAGAUUUAAAAACAAUAUUUUUAAGAUUUGGUCCUAUAAUUUCAUGUAAUAUUGUAAAGGAUAAAGUGACAAAUAAUUCGCUUCAAUAUGCAUUCAUCGAAUUUGAAAAAAAAGAAGAUUGCUUAAAUGCUUACUUUGAAAUGGAUAAUGUUGUUAUAGAUGACAGACGCAUACAUGUUGAUUUUUGUCAAUCCUUAUCAAAAUAUAAAUCAGAUAUGCCUAAAUGGAAAAUUGACAAUGCGGAUUUAUUUGAUCGUAUUAAAAAUACAAAUUUUAGUGAUCCAAAUCCGAAAAGAAAUAAAAACAAUGAAGAUGAUAGUAUAAGGGUAUUUAAAUAUGAAAGUGAUAAUAACAAAUCAAAUAAAGAUGAAAAAGAGAGAAAAGAAAAUGAUGGCGAUAAGCCCAAUAGAAGUAUUAGUAAAUAUGAUUAUAAUCAAAAAAAAAAUAAUGGCUAUACAAGAUAUAAUAAUGAUAAAUAUUAUAAUGGUCCAUACCCAUAUAGAAGAAAUCCCUUUAGAUAUAGAUAUCAUAAUAACUAUAAAAUGGGAAGUGGUGGACCUAGUAAAAACUAUUAUUAUAGAAAAAAAAUUAAUAAUUAUCAUGAUCGAAAUGAUUAUUAUCAUAAUAAACAUUCCGGAAGAAACAAUAGUAUAAUCAAUAAAAAAUAUUAUGGGUAUAAAAAUAAUGGCCAUGAAAAUGACGGAGAUAUGAAAUAUAACAAAUAUAGAAAAGAAGCUAGAAGUCAUUCUUCAUAUAAUUCUCAACAUAAAAAUAAAAAUGAAACUUUAGAUAAGAAUAAAAAAGAAUAUUCACAAGAGCGUGAUGAUAAUAAUAAUGAUCCAAAUUAUGAAUAUUCUAAGCAAGGAAAAAAAGGAAAAGAAAAAGAUGAUGGUCACAAUGACUCAGAAAGUGUAGGGGGCAAUCAAAAAAAAUAUUAUGAUAAUAAAAAUAAAGACCAUGAUGAUUAUAAUCAAAAAACAAAUAAAUUUAAAAGCAAUAGGAAUAGUGAAAGAAAUAAUUCUGAAUAUGGUAACCGAAAAAAUUAUGAUGACUAUAAAAAAAUGAAUGACGAUAAAUAUUAUUAUGAUAAAAAAAGAAAGUAUAAUGAUGAAUAUUAUAGGAAUAAUGACAAUUAUAGAAGGGACGAUUACAAGGAUAAAAAUCCAUACGAAAAAAGACAAAAAAUGUAUGAAGGAAAUAAGUAUGGUGAUAAAUACGACAAAAAAAAUUACGAUAAUGAUAAUAAAUAUCGUAACGAAGAUUACAAGAAUCGAGAAAAUGGAUAUGGAAAAUACAGGGAUGAUAAAUAUAGGGACGACAAAUAUAAGGAUGAUAAAUAUAGGGAUGACAGAUACAAAGAUGAUAAAUAUAGAAAUGAUAAAUAUAGGGAUGACAGAUACAGAGAUAAUAGAUACAAAGGUGAUAAACAUAGUGAUAAUAGAUAUAAAGAUGACAGAAAUAAGACCGAUAAAUAUAAAAAUAAUGAUAAGUAUAACGAUAAAUACGAUUCAUAUGAAAAAAAUGACGAUGAUUAUAACAAAAAGUAUAAUAAAAGCAACAAAUUAGAUAAUAAUACAUCGAAUUAUAGAGAUGAUAAAAAAUAUAAUAACUAUAAAGACAAAAAAUACUAUGAUGAGAAGCAUACGAAAUCUUAUUAUGACAAUAAAGAUACAAAAGCAAAAUAUAAAGACUCAAACAAAACUAAAGGAAGAUUUAAUUCCGUUGAUAGUGCCCAUAUUUCCAAUGAUAGAUAUGCAUCAAAAAACAAAAAAGAAAAAACAAACGAUAAAUAUUCUUCAAAAGACAAAAAAAUUGAUAAAAAAAAAAAUGAUGAUUAUUAUAAUAAAUCAAUGUCAAAAAAUUCGUAUGAUGCCAAAACGAAUUCAGUCAAUUCAUCUUAUUAA